AUGAUAUAAAAUUAUCAAUAGAAUUAUAUAAUUAAGAUAUUUAAUAAUUACUAAUAUUUUAGGUUUUCAAUUAUAUUUAGAAAAAAAGCAUAAAGAAGCCAUAGAACUAUUAGAUAAAUCAAUUUAAAUAAAUCCUAAUAACAAGGAAUCUUUAUGUUAAAAAGGUGAAGAUAAUCAAAUAUUGAUAGGGGAGUGUCUAAGGAAGUUAAAUUAAUAUGCAGAUGCAAUCACUUGGUUGAACAAAGCAUUAGCUAUUGACCCCAAACAUGCGAAUUCCUUAAGUGAAAAAGGUAGUUUUAAUCAUCAUUAUAUCAAUAGGUUAGUGUUUAAUGUGGUUAAAUAAAUUUGAAGAUGCAAUCACUUGGUUGGACAAAGCAUUAGCUAUUGACCCCAAACAUGUAAAUUCCUUAAGUGAAAAAGGUAGAUUUAAUUAUGAUUAAAUUAAUAGGUUAAUGUUUAAGGAAGUUAAAUAAAUUUGAAGAUGCAAUCACUUGGUCGGACAAAGCAUUAGCUAUUGACCCAAAUCAUGUUUUAUCCUUAAGUGAUAAAGGUAAAUUAAAUCAUCUUUAUAUUAAUAGGGGAUUGUUUAAGGAGAUUAAAUAAAUAUACAGAUGCAAUCACUUGGUUGGACAAAGCAUUAGUAAUUAACCCCAAACAUGUGAAUUCCUUAUGUAAUAAAGGUAGAUUUAAUCAUGAUUAAAUUAAUAGGUUAAUGUUUAAGGAAGUUAAAUUAAUAUGCAGAUGCAAUCACUUAUUUUAACAAAGCAUUAGCUAUUGACCCAAUACAUAUUAUAUCCUUAAGUGAAAAAGGUAGAUUUAAUCAUCAUUAUAAUAUUAGGUUAGUGUUUAAGAUCUCUAAAAUAAUAUGAUGAAUCUUUAAAAUUUCUUGAUCAAGCACUGUCCAUCAAUCCUAACCAUACCUUUAGUCUUGGUUGCUUUGGUAUAAUUUCAGUUAUAUUAAGGUAAUUGCUUACAAGAUUAAGAGAAAUAUGAAGAAGCUCUGAUAUAUUACGAAAGAAAAUUAAAGAUUAAUCCAAAUGAUUAACGGACAAAAAAUUAAAAGGGUAUUCAUCUUUUCUAAAUUUAGAAUUUUGUGAAAAGAAAUUGAAAAAGUGA